AUGUCCGAACUUAUGCGCACUUUGCCGGCCUCCUGGUAUUGCAGCCCGCCUCUCUAUCAGCUUGAAAGAAGGGCAGUGUUCUUGAAAUCGUGGUAUCUUGUCGGCCCAGUCACUAGAUUCUGUGACAUAGGUGCCAAAGAACGACCUCUAAAGCACCACGUCACGCCAACCGGCCUCGUUUUCGCUACUCUAUCAGACGAGGCGCCCAGCUUCCAUGAGUAUUUCCCGGACUUGGAGCCACUGCUCCAACGGGUGAACUUUACCAAGCUCCCGUACAGACACAGCAUCAAAUACGAGGGACGAUUUAACUGGAAGACUAUGUAUUUGAUACCUUUGCCUCGUAUUCGGAAACAUAUCGCAGACCCGGAAAAGCCCGAUGAUGGUCUAUUCCUUUACUUCUUCCCCAAUUGCACUCUGAACGUCUAUGGUGGAGGAAUGUCCUCGUUCCGAGUAUGCCCAACCGAUGACCCGAAUGUGACGAGGAUGGAGUUUGACUACUACCAUAUGGAGUCGGGCGAGAAGUUCGACGAGUACUUCAAGUUUGUUCGGCAAGUGGCCAUGGAAGACUAUGAACUGUGUGAGAAGGCUCAGAACAAUCUCACUAAAGGCAUCUAUAGCGAAGGCAUCCUCAACCCGGAGAAAGAGAGCGGAGUUUCAUGUGAGCAUGGCGGACAACACAGUUUCAUCAUGGCUAUAGAAGAACCGUAUCCGGCUCUACCUCCCGCCUUAUCGGCCCUGGUCUUGGUUUUAUUGCUAGCGGGGCUGGCUUUUCUCCUUCAAUCCUUAUCAAAGCCGCUCUUCCGGGGCUAUAAGUCCCUGCGUGUAGCUAAGCCGACGGAAACCGAACUGGAUCCUGUCCCCGAAGGUAACGAAAACAUUGUCUGCAAGGAAUCAGAUUUCCCACACGACUGGUGGACCGGCUCAGAAGUCUUUGAACUCGAAAGGCGGGCAAUAGUUAGUAAAAGAUGGCUCUACCUAGUCCACCGUAACCGGUUCACCAAACCCGGCGAUUACCAUUCCUUCGAAGUGGCCGGUAUCCCAAUUUUUCUCGUGCUGGGGAAAGAUGGCGUCGUGCGAGCGUUCCAUAACGUCUGCCGUCAUAGAGCAUACACAGUGACAAGGAAGGAGUGUGGUUCCUCUAUGAUUCUCGGAUGUCGAUAUCAUGGCUGGAGCUAUAACACCAAGGGACAACUCAUCAAGGCACCUCACUUUGACAAUGUUCCCGGAUUUGACAAGGCUCAGAAUAGUUUGUUUUCGAUUCAUAUCACAACCACACCUGCGGGCUUUAUAUUCGUGAAUUUGGAUGCAUCUCCGACGAUAAUGCCAUUGCAGACAAGAUCUCUUGAUUUCUUUGCGGGAAGGCAUGGCAUCGGACGACAGUCUACGUGGCUGGGAGGGCAGACAGUGGAAGGGCAGUUUAAUUGGAAGAUUGGUUGUAAAUUCAUCAACCACACGGAACUGGAGACUGAGUUCUCACAGCCAAGGUAUAAGGCACUGUUAUUGAGCUUGUUCAAUUCAUCACCAAUGCGCUCGGAAGAUGUUAGAGUCUUCCCUUUUACUACGAUUCAUACCGUCCGCGGAGGGGUACUAUGGUACUCCCUGAGCUUCAUUCCCAUAUCCAAGAGUAGCACCUCGGUCCGGAUUGACUUAUACACCCACAAAGCCAUGGGCAGCCCUACUCCUUCACCAACAGCAGAAAGACUCUUCAACAAAUUGUCGAACAGUAUCCGAGAAUUGGAAACUCAGUUCGAGUCACUUUCUGAAACAGUAGCGUACGUAAUUCCAACCCAACCCAAUCCCUCAUUCAAACAUCAGUCUUACCAACAACGUCCAGAUACACAACUCAAAAUCCUCGAAGCCAUCAAAUCCCACGCCAAAGUAGAAAAACAACUAGGAACCGAGAUCUUCCCCGCUACGAGGAGACCUAGAACCAAUGCACGAUUCGAGCAGGCUGAACAAAGUCAGUUGAGUCUCUUCUAUACCACAUCUUUCACUGUGUUGCUAAAAUAA